ACCGCUCUUGCCCCGCCCCCUCAGCCUAACCUACUCAUUUUAAAUAAAAAGUCGAGGACUUUUCCGUCUUUUAUCCCGAACUCCAUGGGGCUUCUGUCCUGGCCUUUGCUCCCCGGAAAACUUCGGGUCUCGCAAAGCCUGAGGAUUUAGGGGGACGAGAGCGUAGAGGGAAACCGGAACUAUUCCUUUGUGGAACCAUCGAGGCUGGGCUUCUGGGGGAGCCUUAGGGGACGCACCUUGGCAGGCCCGGCCAGGAGAGCAGGGAUGGCGACGGAGACGGCCGGCGGGGACCCGAUGGCCGCCAACCCUCUGGACCUGCCGCGAGAGCGAAGGCUGGUGUGCGUGGAGUACCCGGGCGGGGUGCGCGACGUGGGCAAGAUGCUGCAGACCCUGGGUGGCGAGGAAGGCAUCUCCCGAAUCUACACGGACCCCACCAAGAGGCUAGAGCUAUACUUCCGGCCCAAGGAUUUGUACUGCCACCCUGUGUGUGCCAACCGCUUCAGCACCAGCAGCCUGCUGCUGCGGAUCAGGAAGAAGACUCAGUGGCAGAGAGGGCUACCGGAGGCUGAGGCCCACCCGAAGGUCACCUACGACUUGGAGAUCCUGGGCAUUGUCUCCACCAUUUUUAAAUUCCAGGGAAUGUCUGACUUCCAGUACUUGGCCAUCCACACAGAAGCAGGAGGCAGGCACACGUCCAUGUAUGACAAAGUGUUCAUGUCCAAGCCUGAGAAGGAGAGUUUCUUCCACCAGGAGCUGCCGCUCUACAUCCCCCCGCCCAUCUUCUCCCGCCUGGAUACCCCGGUGGACUACUUCUACCGUCCAGAGACCCAGCACCGGGAAGGCUACAACAACCCCCCCAUCUCGGGUGAGAACCUGAUUGGCCUGAGCAGGGCCCGACGCCCCCACAAUGCCAUCUUUGUCAACUUUGAGGACCCCGAUGUGCCCAUGCAGCCAUUGGAGGCUGCAGUCCAGACGUGGAGGAAGGCCUGCACCAACCCCAUAGACCAGGAGGUGGAGGAGGAGCUCAGGAAGCUGUUCGAGAUCCGCCCCAUCUGGUCACGCAAUGCCGUGAAGGCAAACAUCAGUGUCCACCCCGACAAGCUGAAGGUCUUGCUUCCCUUCAUGGCCUAUUACAUGAUCACAGGCCCCUGGAGAAGCCUGUGGAUUCGAUUUGGCUAUGACCCCCGAAAACACCCAGAGGCCAAGAUUUACCAAGUCCUUGAUUUCCGAAUCCGCUGUGGAAUGAAGUACGGUUUCGGCUCCAGUGACAUGCCUGUCAAAGCCAAGCGCAGCACCUAUAACUACAGCCUCCCCAUCACCGUGAAGAAGACGCCCACCCAGCUCAUCAGCAUGCAUGACCUGAAGCAGGGCCUGGGUCCGUCGGGGGUGGCCAGCACCCGGAAACUGAUCUCCAACAAGUACAAGCUCAAGGACUCAGUCUACAUCUUCCGGGAUGGCGCCCUGCCGCCCUAUCGCCAGAUGUUCUACCAGCUGUGUGACCUGAACGUGGAAGAGCUGCAGAGGAUCAUCCACCGUAAUGACGGGAUGGAGACUCUGUGCACAGAGCGGGAUGGGUGGUGCCUCACUAAGACCAGUGAUGACCUGCGGGACACCAUGUCCCUCAUGAUCCGGCAGACCAUCCGCUCCAAGAGGCCAGCUCUCUUCUCCAGCCCAACUAAAACUGAACGUGCAAAACAACCGCUGAUGUUUGAGUCUGGGGAAGAGGAGGAAGAGGAGGAGGAGGAAGAGGAGGAAGAGGAAGACUUCAAGGCCUCAGAUGGGAGCGACAAUGAGAUGGAGACGGAGAUUCUGGACUACGUCUGACCAGGCCCUGGCCCCUCAGGCUGACAAGGCGAGACCAGUGUCCAGCUCCCACUGUGAGGGAUCAGGGAAUACACGGUCCCCACUGCCAGCCACCAUGGUGAGAGUGGCCCUUAGAGAAAGCCCAGGUUCUGGCAGAGCAGGCCCUGGGCCUAGCUGUGACCUGCUGCUCAGUUCUGCCCUCUGCAUGGCUGGGGACAUCCUGGCUCCAUGCUUCUGCACCCUGCCUGGGCUCAAGGCCUCUCAGGCUGAGCCUACCCAGAGCCAGAGGCGGAGAUGGCACAGUGUGUGGCAGGGCCAUCUUGGCUGGGUCUUGUGACUCUGGUGGCAUCUCUAUGCCACGAGGAACCUGGUCCAUGGUCACCAAUGGCCAAGGAUAAUCCCCGGUUUGGGGUCAUGCUGUAAAGGCUCGGCCCAGCCAGAAUUGUCCUACUAAAUCAGUCUUGCAGGGAGUCUUGGUGUCCUGGGACAAGGUUCGGGGAGUUUCCCCUGCUUUGGGGUUCCCGCAGCACCUCCGUUGCUCCUUUCCUUGUUUGGGGGCGAGGCCCAUGUGCCUCUCUAGCUGGAUGAGACAAGGACGCACUCGUGCCUGACUUCCCCGAAUGGACACUUGGGUCCCUGGAAGCAGUUUCUGGUGACCUGUUCCUCCUGGCAUGGAAGCAGAGACUCUCCUGUCCCUGCCACGCCCGCCUCCCUGGCACCUACCUCUGUACAGUGCCCUCCAGAGCCUGGGGGCAGCAGGGUACCGAGCCACAGAUGGGUCAUCAGCCCCAUUCUGUGUGUGACCCCCCCAGGUAGCUCAGUACAAGGACCUCAGGCCAGCCCCUUCCUGCUGGCUGGGUUCCUGGGAAACCCCUUCUUGUGGCAGGGCUGGAACACUGGUGGCCUUGGUCUCUGCACAUCUGAGGGAGGUGCCCAGGCGGGGCUCCCCUCACCCCCUGCAGCCAGGCCUCACCCACCCGGAGCCCAGGCUGCAAGGGCUUCCCAAGGUCUAGCUGGGUCGUAAAAAGCACCAUGAUUCCUCUCCCAGAAACCCCCCUUUUCAAUAAAAGCUUUUCAUUAUUAAAACUGUCAAA